AUGACGCCCCGACUAGAGGGCGCCACGUCAUCACACCACUCCGCAUCGCAAUCCGCAGGCGGGCAAUCCCAGAAGCAUCAGCAGCUAACGCGCCUCGUCCCGAAAAAAACCUACAAGCCGCUGCUAAGCCUCGAGGUUUUCUACACAGGCGGCCACGUGUCAGUCUUUCCGGAUGGCCGCCACGUGGCAUGUCCUUGCGCUGACACGGUAAAGAUCGUCGAUCUCACCACGGGGAAGGUCGUGCGGACGUUGGAGGGCGACGGAGAGCCAAUCACAGCCGUCGCCGCGAGUCCAGAUGGCGUGUCCGUAUUGGCCAGCUCGCGCAGCCUGCAGACGCGCUGGUGGAACUGGCGCACGGGGGAGUGCAAGCGGUCGUGGAAGGCGCACCCCGCGCCAGUGUCGUGCCUAGCAGUGGAUGCGAGCGGGGGGCUGCUGGCAACAGGCGGGGCGGACAGGGGCGUGCGCGUGUGGGACCUGGAGGCCAACGCAUGCACGCACUCGUUCACUGGCAUGGGGGGGGUGCUGUCGCAAGUGGCAUUUCACCCCGACCCGAAUCAGCUGCUGCUUGUGGGCGCGUCAGAGAGCGGGCUGGUGCGGGUGUGGGACCUGGUGACCAAGCGCCCAGCAGCCUCUCUGGAUAAGCAUUUCUCCACAGUCACUGCUAUCGCCUUCUCACCGUCGGGAUGGCUGCUGCUCACUGCUAGUCGUGACAAGGUGGUAAACAUAUGGGAUAUUCGCACCUAUGCCCACGUCACCACCAUCCCCGUUUUUGAGUCCCUCGAAGGCCUCGCUAUAGUCACACCCCCUAUAGCCCCAGAAUUUCCUGCCAUUCCCCCCACUGCUGCUGCCGCUGCUGCUGGGGGGGAAGCAGGGGGGGGGAAAGGGGAGAAGGGAGAGAAGGGGAGGAAGGGGGAGAAGGGGAAGAAGAGUAGGGAGGAGAUGGGGGAGAAAGAGGUGGUGUGGUUUGUGAGUGUGGGAGAGAGGUGUGUGAUGCGGUUGUGGCGGUCAGACAAGUCAACGGCGGUCCUGGAGCAACGGGCAGCUGAGGUGGCCGGCGGGCAGCAGAAAACGGGCGCGGAGGCCAAUGAUGAGGCGCCAGCUGGCGGCGGGUUUUUGUCUGCACAGUUUUUGGGCCUGGAUGGAGGAGGAAAGGGAGGAUGCAGAUUAUUGUGUACCACUGCAGAUCAACGGCUGUUAAUAUACCAGCCUGUCAACGUGACUGUAACGAAGCAGCAGCAGCAGCAGCAGCAGCAGCAGCAGUUUCUUGCCACGUGUCAGCAGCUGAUUGGGCAGAACGACGAGAUCGUGGACGUGCGAUUCGUCCUUGAUCCUUCCUCUUCUCUUAAGGCACUGGGAGAGGCAGAUGAGGAGGAAGAGACUGAGAGAGCAGGUGGGGGAAGGGAGGGAGAGGAGGGGGAGGAAGGAGAGGAGGGGGAGGACGGAGGGGAGGGGAUAAGGAAGGCGUUGAGAGGGGUGGAGAGGAAUCUCCAGCUGGCGGUGGCGACCAAUAGCGAGCAAGUGCGCGUGUACGACGUGGCGACCGCCAGCUGUCGCCGCUCCCUGAUUGGCCACUCGGAUAUCGUGCUGUGUAUCGACGCGUACCCCCACCCCUGCUCCGUGCCUCGUGCCCUUCUUGGCCCUCCUGCUGUUGCUGCUGCUGCUGCUGCUGGUGCUGCUAGUGCUGGUGGCGAUGGUAGCGGCGGCAGCGGUUCUUCUGAUUUGGUUCCGGUUUCUCUGCUCGCCUCGUCUGCCAAAGAUCACUCUGUAAGCAACUCGCUCAACCCCUCACCCCUCCCCCAGCCCACUCCCCGCCUUCUAACCCUUCCACAUACUCUGCUCGCCUCGUCUGCCAAAGAUCACUCUGUGCGGGUGUGGGACGUCACCACCGGCACCUGUCUAGCAAUGGGGUCAGGACACGUGGCAGCUGUUGCUGCCGUGGCGUUCUCUCAGAGGCCGCCGCCAGAUCAGCCAACAGGAGGGAAAGGGGGAGGGGCAGGGCCCUUUUUGGUAUCUGGUUCGAGUGAUCGCACACUCAAAGUCUGGCCGCUCGCGCUCCUCCUCUCCUCCUCAGCAGCAGCACUGCCUCGCGGGAGGGGCGGCGUGCUUCGUCUCAAGUCAGGUGCAACAGUGGCAGCACACGACAAGGACAUUAACGCUGUAGCUGUGGCUCCUAAUGAUGGCCUUGUGUGCUCCGGCUCCCAGGAUCGCACGGCCAAGGUGUGGCGCCUGCCUGAUUUGUCCCUUUCUGUGACACUGAGAGGCCACAAGCGUGGUGUGUGGUCAGUCGCCUUCUCCCCCGUGGACCGCUGUGUGCUCACGGCGUCAGGCGAUGCCACGUGCCGCAUCUGGGCGCUGGCAGACGGCAGCUGCCUUCGAACCCUUCAGGGGCACGAGGCGUCGGUGCUGAAGGCGAUAUUUGUUACCAGAGGCACGCAGGUGGUGUCAACAGGAGCGGAUGGGCUGCUGAAGCUGUGGAGUGUGAAGGGCGGGGAGUGUGUGAACACGUUUGACGAGCAUGAGGAUAAGAUAUGGGCGCUGGCAGUGAGCCCCGGGUCAGAGAUGCUGGCGACAGGUGGCAGCGACUCAUUGGUGCACGUGUGGCAGGACUGCACGCAGCAGGAGCAGCAAGAGGCCGCCCUGGAGCAGGUCAAAGCGGUACAGCAGGAGCAGGCGAUGCGAAACGCGGCUGUAGCGGAGGACUAUGUGACGGCGCUACAGCUGGCGCUGCAGCUGCAGCGACCCGCCACCAUGGCCGCCCUGCUCUCCGACCUCAUGAAGUGA